AUGACCGAAUAUCUGGACGGCGUGGGCGCAUGGGGCGCAUGGCAGGUCGAGUCGUCCAAGUUUACGCAGCUUGUCGUCGACUCCAUGCGGACGCUUUACCCCGAAGAACUGGCCGACCGAAAAUGGGACAAUGUCGGACUGCUCGUUGGCAACUCCGAGAGCGACGCAAAGAAGCUCCAGCCCACCGUCAUGGUGACAAACGACCUCACCUUCCAGGUCGCGGUGGAUGCCAUUGGCCAGGGGGUCAGCGUCAUUGUCAGCUACCACCCCUUCAUCUUCUCCGGCUUCAAGUCCGUGACCAACGACGACCCCCAGCAGGCCACGCUGCUGCAGCUGGCCAAGGCGGGCAUCGCCGUCUACUGCCCGCACACAGCCGUGGACGCUGCUCCCAAGGGCCUCAACACAUGGCUCGCCAACAUUGUCGCCGGCCCGCACAAGAACACACAGUCGGUCGCCAUCCCGUGCGCCUCGGCUCCUGAAUCCCACUCGCCGGCGGGUUACGGUACCAUCGGGCGCUUUACCAACGGCGCUGCCGUGCCGCUAGCCGAGAUCAUCAAGCGAUUGGCUCUCAAGCUGGGUGGGCUGAAGCACAUCAUGAUCGCGUCUCCCGUUGGCGCCGACAUCAGGACCACCAUGGUGCGCAGCUUCGGUGUCUGCGCGGGGAGCGGAUAUGACGUUCUCAAGUCGGCCGACGUGGACCUGCUCGUCACGGGCGAGACGAGCCAUCACUCUGCCCUGAGGGCCAUCCAGCAGGGCAGGACACUCAUCCAAGUGUUCCACAGCAACUCGGAGAGAGGGUAUCUCCGAGAAGUCCUCAAGCCCAGCUUGGAGAAGCUGCUCAGGGAGGCCCAGCCGGACGCCGAGGUGAUACUGAGCGAGUACGACUCGGAUCCGUUUAAGAUACUGGACGUGAGUACCUUGGAGGAGGACUGA